CAUCCGCAUAAAUCCCAGUCGAAUUCAACGAGAGAGAGCAGCCACUCCAAUUCCACUCGAAGCAAGCAUGGCCAUGGCGGCCGUGGGCAUCGGCGGCGGCGCACUGGCCUUCCUCCUGCCGCAGCGCAGCCGCGGCACCGUCUCCUGGAGCGUGGGAGGCUCCCGGCGGCCGGCGGCGGCGGUGCGCGCGUCGUACGAGGCCGGGGUCGGCGUGAUGGCGACCAAGGUGGGGAUGAUGACCUACUUCGACCCGGAAACCGGCAAGCCGGUGCCGGUGACCGUCGUGGGGUUUCGGGAGGGCGGGAACGUGGUGACUCAGGUGAAGACGACCGCCACCGACGGGUACGACGCCGUGCAGGUCGGGUACCACGGCGUGCGCGAGGACAAGCUCACCCGCCCGGAGCUGGGGCACCUGGGCAAGGCCGGCGCGCCGCCGCUGCGGCACCUGCAGGAGUUCAGGCUCCCCGCUGUUGACGCGUUCGAGCCCGGCCAGCCGCUCGACUUCUCCGAACUCUUCAAGGAGGGCGACAUCGUCGACGUCUCCGGCAACUCCAUCGGCAAGGGGUUCCAAGGUGGCAUCAAGAGGCACAACUUCAAGCGUGGGCUGAUGACUCACGGUUCCAAGAGUCACAGGCAGCUGGGUUCCAUCGGCGCUGGUACUACGCCAGGGCGGGUGUACAAGGGGAAGAAGAUGCCCGGGAGGAUGGGAGGAACCAAGACCAAGAUCAGGAAGCUCAAGAUUGUCAAGAUCGACAACGACCUCCGGGUCCUCAUGAUCAAGGGCGCCGUGCCCGGGAAGCCCGGGAACCUCCUCCGCAUCGCGCCCGCCAAGAUCGUUGGCAAGAACAUCCCCAAGAACUAGAUUUUUGCUGAAUUCGAGUGUUUCAUACCUUGUUGCGAACUGGAUGUGUUACUUUGCCAGUUGCCAGUUUUUGUAUACCUGCAACUUCAGAUUGGUAAAGCUAAUCUUCAGAUAUGAGUGUUAUCAUC